AUGUCUUACGGUCAGCAUCAGCGUUUGGGCGGUCAAGCCUUCAACCACGGUCCUUCAUCCGGCGCAGAGCAAGAGUACGACCGGCUACGAGACCUCGCCCGUAAAGAGCAGGGCCAACACCAACACUUCGCCGCCGAAGCUCGCCAAGCAUAUGAACGUGGUGACGGCGGUGGAGCGCACAACUCCAGCGAGCAAUCGAAACAACAUGCCGCCAAAGCAGACGAGUACAACAAGCAAGCAUCCGAGUUCAUCUUCCGCGAGAACAAUGCCCAAGGGAAAGUAGCAGGCGACACCAUCGACCUCCACGGCCAAUACGUGGAAGAAGCCGAGGAAAUCCUGGAACAACGCAUCCGCUACGCCCAACAAUCCGGCCAAAGCCACCUCCACGUCAUCGUCGGCAAAGGCAACCACAGCUCCGGCCACGUCCAGAAAAUCAAGCCCAAAGUCGAGCAAAUAUGUCAGGAACUAGGUCUCCAGUACAACACCGAAGCCAACGAAGGCCGAAUGUACAUCCAGCUCAGACCCGGCGCGGGAGGACAGCAACAAGGACCUCCGCAAAUGCCGGCCUACGAUUACCAGCAGCAGCAUCAACCGCAGCAUCAGAACUACGGUCAGCCGCAUUAUCAGACGGCGUAUCCGAUGGGCGGGAAUCCGAAUUAUGGGUAUGCUCAGGCUGCUGCGGGUGGGGGUGGGUAUCCGGGUGCGCAGCAGGGGCAGGGUAUGCAGUAUGGCAAGCCUCAGCAACAGAUGGGUGUGCAGCAAGGGCAGCAACAGCAGCAGCAACAACAGCAGGAUCAAGGGAUCAUUUGCUGUGGGAUCAAGAUAUGUGUGGUUAUGUAA